AUGGUGCGCGUAGGCAGCGGAAACGCGCAUCGACUUCAGAAGAGCACGACUUUGAUGGCGACACUAUUGGCUGUCGUCCCUAGACAAGCCGUCGCGGUCCCAGUCAAGCCAACGUGCCACGCAGGCGCACUGCAAGCCGCAUCAGGAAUACCGCUACACCUGCAGCUUCACACCCAACAGCAGCUUCCCCAGUACCGCCUUCUACAAUUGACAAUGUACCAGCCAGCUGCUGUUAUUUCUGUCGAGGCCGCGGCGGAAACGCAGACCAAGAAUGCGUCUUCGCUGGAGGAGACGAUCCUAGAUGCACCCGCUGCAUAA